AUUCCUCCGCCAUCUUCAACUUCCUAUUGUUUGCUUCAGACUGAGGCUCUCUGUGGUGUGUGUGGAACCAAAAUCGCCCACAGACUAAUCAUUAAAUUGUACAUAUUUAUUUUUUAUGUUUAGGUUAACUUACGUUUAACAUAAAUUAUUCGUAUGUUAUUGGACUAAAAGCCUCUCCGGACGCGACCACUACACCUUGACGAUGGAAGACGAUCAACCUAGAACCUUAUACGUGGGGAAUCUGUCCAGGGAUGUCACAGAGCCUCUCAUUCUGCAGGUCUUUACACAGAUAGGACCCUGCAAGAGCUGUAAAAUGAUUGUUGAUACGGCAGGAAAUGAUCCAUACUGUUUUGUGGAGUUCUAUGACCACAGGCAUGCUGCUGCUUCACUGGCAGCCAUGAAUGGAAGGAAAAUAAUGGGUAAGGAGGUCAAAGUUAACUGGGCCACAACACCAACCAGCCAGAAAAAAGACACGAGUAAUCAUUUUCAUGUUUUCGUUGGAGACCUUAGUCCAGAAAUCACCACAGAAGAUGUUAAAGCUGCCUUUGCCCCAUUUGGAAGGAUAUCAGAUGCUCGUGUUGUUAAAGAUAUGGCUACAGGCAAAUCCAAAGGCUAUGGCUUUGUGUCUUUCUUCAACAAAUGGGAUGCAGAGAACGCCAUUCAGCACAUGGGAGGCCAGUGGUUAGGUGGCAGACAGAUUCGAACUAACUGGGCCACAAGAAAGCCCCCUGCCCCAAAGACCACCUAUGAAAGUAAUUCCAAGCACCUGUCCUUUGAGGAAGUGAUGAGUCAGUCCAGCCCGAGUAACUGUACUGUGUACUGUGGUGGAGUCAGCUCUGGUCUCACAGAGCAACUGAUGAGGCAGACCUUCUCUGCUUUCGGGCAAAUCAUGGAAGUCCGAGUUUUUCCAGACAAAGGUUAUUCAUUUGUGAGGUUCAACUCCCACGAGUCAGCAGCCCAUGCCAUUGUGUCAGUGAAUGGCACUUCAAUAGACGGUCAUGUAGUAAAAUGCUACUGGGGUAAGGAGACUCCGGACAUGAUGAACUCCAUGCAGCAGAUGUCCAUUCCUCAGCAGAAUAAGAUCGGCUUCCCUGCAGCCCAGCCCUAUGGACAGUGGGGCCAGUGGUACGGCAAUGGGCCCCAAAUCAGCCAGUAUGUUCCCAAUGGGUGGCAGGUCCCCACCUACGGUGUCUAUAGCCAGGGAUGGAACCAGCAGGGCUUCAAUCACUUACCGGCCAGUGCUGGGUGGACUGGCAUGAGCGCCAUCAGUAACGGUGGGGUUAUGGAGCCUACACAGGGACUGAAUGGGAGUAUGCUAGCCAACCAGCCUGGCAUGGGAGCUGCAGGAUACCCCACACACUGAUAAAGAGGGCUGGGGGGGGGGAGAUUUGUCAACAGUCUCGAUGGCUGUACACUGCCUCGCUGGGCUGUUUAACACGGCCUCCUUUUGUGGCAGGACCGGGACUUUUUACACGAUGUGGAGCCUCGUCUGAAGGUUGACAUUUGUAAAAUGUAAAUGGAAUAUUGUGGGAGUUUUGAGGUAAAAAGGAGCCUGGGGCAGGGAUUUGACCCACACAGGUAUUUGCCUCGAUGAACCAGACCUUUUACCAUUUUUUUAAGUUAACUGUAAAUGAGAAUAAAACGGUAAAGGAGAAACUGUCAGGAGUUUUUCCUUUGUCUGAGUUUUACAGAUGGCUUCCAUUUUCCCUCCUUUGCCCUCUAAAUGGCCAAAGAGAGGCUUUCUUUAUCUUUUUUUUUUUUUUUUUUUUUUUUUUUUUUAAAGGAACUGAAAUUGAGUCACAAAGUUGUGAACUGUCCUAAUUAUAGACAUGGGUUGAAUAUUUUUCUAAAUGUCUCUUGGAUUUAAAUCAAUUGCAGGGAUUGUUGCUACUGCUGUUUCUCUGUAAGGGCAGACAAAUAUUGCACAGUUUUUUUUCCCUCUCUUGUACAAAUUUGACUACCAAGAGUGUUUCUCUCUGCAUUCCACUCUUCCUCACACACCUUCCUGACGGCCUCAAAUCUUCUUUGCCAUAUGUAAAUAAGCCCAUCAUGAUUUCAUUCAUUCAUUCAUUUGAAACAUUGUAAGUAAAAUGCUACUGGUAUCUGUGGGUGCUUGCUUUUCAGUUUUGGUUCCGAUCACUUGCCAAGUAACCCCCAAACAUUGUAUCGAGCGGCGUGACACUGGCACGGUGAACACACUUUUUUUGUGCAGGGAUAACCGCAUUGCCAUGCAGUGCAUACUUCAAUUUAACACAAAUAUUAAAGGGUGAACUUGUGUGUCUGAAACUGUUUUUUUUUUUUAAGAUAUGGAAACGCCAGUAUUUUAUAUAAAAAUUCUGAGUGGAUUCAACCUCUACACGUACUUUGUUGUCAGAGAAAUGAGGAGGCCUACAUCAUAACAGUUGCCUUAUAGAGCUGGUUCCUUUUAGCUGACAUGAUCCUCUUUUUAAUUAGGCAGUGCCUACAGAUAUUUUCGAGCCCUUUUGGUUUAGAAAGGUGUUAGCCCUGAAAACUGACAACUGCUACUGUAAACAAUGUUUUCUUGCUUUGUCCAAUUAAAAUGCUAAUGCACAUAUACCUCA